AUGCUGCCCCCCACCAAAAGGCGUCGAACCGCCACCUCUGUGCUUGCCGGUGACUUUGACCCGCGUCCGGCCCGCGACGUCCUCACCAGCCUCUUGAACGGCGUGCCUAUCAACAAAGAGGUCGAGAGGGCCGAGGAGCUCCGGCGCGAGCGGCGACGGAAGGAGAAGGAGAGGGAGCGCGAGAAGGAAAAGGAACGCGAAAAGGAGACAGAGAAGGAGCGCGAGAGGGAGAGGGAGAGGAAACGCGCCAAGUCGGACGCGAGGCCACAGGUCAGGCUAUCCGCGCCCCCCGUCGCGUCAACAUCGGUCGUGAGCGCGUCAGGCCCCAGCGUGCCCAAGAUAUCCGCUCCCGUGGCGCGUUCCGCCGUGUCCUCCUUCUGGCAGGCGCGUCCGGCCAUCCAUAUCACCAACAUGCAACGGUCCGUGUCCGUUACUCCUCCCCCCAUGGCUUCCUCGCCACCAACCACUCCGGGCCCAUCCAACUCGUCGACUACCUCUGCCACAUCGUCCAAGCGACCACAUACACCGUACGACGACGACGACGACGACGACGACAUGCAUAGCCGUCACCGCAGUGAGGCCUCGCAGACACCGCCUUACGCGCAGUCGCGGCCACGCAAGAAACGCACCGCCGUGCGCAAGGGCUGGAAGGGCUGGGUGGAGGGCUCUCCACCGCCUUCGGAAAAGCUCAUCAACCUGGACACCGUGUCGAUCCUUCCCCAGAGGAAGACGAGGAGUGGGAAGAGCUUCGAUGCCAUUGGACUAGGUGAGGACACUUGGGUCUAA